UCGGCGAGGAUGAAGGCGGUCUUGUGUUUGGUGCUGGGGCUAGCGGCCCUGGCUGCGGCGCGGCCUGAUGUCGACGAUCACAUAUUAGUUGAUAAAGUAGACACAAUGGACAUUAAGCAAAAGCAGUUCUUCAUACUGAAGCUUCUGAACAAAGUCGUGGGUCCAUGUAUGUACAAAGACAUCGUAGACAUCGGCAAAAACUUCAAGAUCGAAGACAAUAUUAACUUGUACACUAAAGAAGUUGUUGUAAAGACUUUCCUCGACAAUUUCAAAGUGGGUUUCUUGCCAAGAGGUGAAAUAUUCACUCUUCACGUCGACCGUCAACUGAAGGAGGUGGUCACCAUGUUCCACAUGCUGUACUACGCUAAGGACUUCACCACGUUCAUCAAGACUGCGUGCUGGAUGCGCCUGUACUUGAACGAAGGCAUGUUCGUCUAUGCUCUCACUGUGGCAGUCAGACACCGCGAUGACUGCAGAGGAAUCAUCCUUCCACCACCCUACGAAAUCUAUCCGUACUAUUUCGUCCGUGCCGACGUCAUCCAAAAAGCAUACUUACUGAAAAUGAAACAAGGCCUCCUUGAUACUCAUCUAACCGACUUCUAUGGCAUCAAGAAAACUGAGAAAGGCAUCUACAUAAUCGAUGAAAACAUCUUUGACCGUCGCCAUUUCUUGAAUGACGAAGAUAGGCUGAGAUACUUCACGGAAGAUAUUGGUCUUAACACUUACUACUACUACUUCCAUGUGGACUAUCCGUUCUGGAUGAAAAAUGACGUCACUAACAAGUACAUGGUCAGGCGUUGGGAACUUACCUUCUACGUAUACCAGCAGAUACUUGCUAGGUACUAUCUAGAGCGUCUUUCCAAUGGACUUGGAGAUAUCAUUGACCUAUCGUGGCACAAGCCUAUCCGUAAGGGUUACUGGCCAUGGAUGGUGCUUCACAACGGAGUUCAACUGCCUGUCAGGUUUAACGACCAAAUGUUUGUUGACAACAAAGAUAUUGGUAUUGUUAACUUAGUUAAAGACUAUGAAAGAAUCAUCACUGAUGCAAUUGUCAAGGGAUUCAUAGAGAUCAAUGGUGUAAGGAUCGAUUUGACCAAAGCUGCAGAUAUUGACGUUUUAGGAAAGCUGGUAUAUGGAACUAUUGAAAAGACGGACUUAACGAAACUUCAAGUAGAUUCUUACCGCUACCUUCUCAUAUUAAUGAAAGCUGUUGUUGGGCUGAACACCUGGCAAUGCGAUAAAUACUUUGUUGUGCCAACGGUAUUGGACCACUACCAGACUGCUCUCCGUGAUCCAGUAUUCUACCAACUGCAGAAGCGUUUAGUCUACCUGUUGAUUCUCUUCAAGAACCGUCUCCCAAGCUACACACGCGAGGACCUCUACUUCCCCGGAGUUAAAGUUGACAACGUUGUUGUUGAUAAACUCGUCACCUAUUUCGACGAUUACUUCAUGGACAUGACUAAUGCAGUAACCUUUACCGAAGAUGAACUCAAGAAGACUACAUCUGACAUGAUCUUCUUUGUACGCAAACGCCGCCUUAAUCACAGACCUUUCAAAGUAACCGUUGAUGUUCUUUCUGACAAAACAGUCGACUCCGUAGUACGAGUAUUUUUGGGACCGAAAGAAGAUCACUUGGGCCGCUUGAUCGAUAUCAACAGAAACAGAAUGAACUUCGUUGAGUUGGACAGCUUCCUUUACAAACUUACAACUGGAAAGAACACAAUUGUCAGAAACUCCUAUGAUAUGCACAAUCUUGUUAAGGACCGCAUAAUGACUCGUGAUUUAUGGAAGAAGAUUGACGGCAUUACCGACGUGAGAGAUUUAUUGAUCAAGGACCUCAGAAACUACCACACUGGUUUCCCAACUAGACUGCUUCUGCCUAAAGGUCGUAUCGGAGGAAUGAAGAUGAUGCUCUAUGUCAUUAUCACUCCACUGAAGAUGGUUGACAAUGUAGAUAUUUCAAUCUUGGACACGACCCGCAAGGACUUGUUUGUAGACUUCAGAUCCACUGUGUUGCUUGACAAGAUGCCUCUUGGUUUCCCAUUCGAUCGUCAUAUCGACACUACGAAGUUCUUCACGUCUAACAUGAGAUUCGUUGAUGUUAUAAUCUUCCACAAGACCCAGGUCAGCGAUAUGUGGACUCGUUGGAAUAAGUACGUGCUCAAGAACUACGAUAUGCUUGACAAGACUCCCGUGGUUAACGACAGCUACUUCAUCGACGUUGAUGUUAACACCAAAGUAGACAAAGAUGUCAACAUAUUUGACCUUUAAUUCACUGAAGUUAAAGACGGAUUUAGCGAUUUAUGUAUCUAUAUAACUUAUUUAUAAACAGCAAUGUAUGUAAUCGAUAAAUAAACUGAAUUAUUUAUUGCAAAA